AUCUUCUUUGAUAGCCAAAGAUUUAUUCCGAUCUAGUCACACCAGAUGAUGACCCUCCUUUGGCUAGUUUGGCUAGAUUGCUAUGUCAGCUGCAACAGCUACUAUUUGAAUGCAAUUUUUUUAGAGAAGGUCCUGCAUCAGUUACUUUAGAGAAGGUUCUGCUUUUUUUCAAGUUGCAGAUUUUUGUAAUCGUGAAACUUUAUAGAUUUCAUGAGUCAAGUAAUGAAUUGAUAAAGGAACCAGAUAUUGAUUUUGUUCUUAGUAAGCAAAACCAGAUAUUGUCAAAUGCCUUAGUUCUUUAUUAGUUUAACAUUAAAAUUUGGAAGUAACCACUAUAGAAAGGAACGACUUGUAAGCUUAUUAGUUUAAUAUUAGCUGAUUUUUUAAGGGUAGUUUAAUAUUAGCUGAUAGACAUCAGCUUAUUACCUUUUGUUUCUAUGUAAUCAUUAGUGUAAGUAGAAACCAAUUUGCUCCAAAGUUUUCUAUGACAAACAAUCUGCUCAAAUUAGUAAAAAAUCAUUUUGCUAUGCUUUUAAAUGUAUGGAAAGUUAUUAUGGCUACUAUAAUGAUAAUCCACUGUAAUAAUUCAAGCUGCAUCUAAGUACUCAUUUAUAGAUUAACCUCCCAUAUGUCAUAUUUCUUAGAGCAUCGAAGUUCCAGGAGUCCAGGACCCUUAUUAGUUGAUGGUCUGUUAUAUUCUGAUCAACACAAACAUUAAAGAUGCCCCUUGCAAUAUCCUUUAUACUGUCAACAAACCCCCUCAUGAAUAGUAAAUACUAAAUAGAGGUAAUAGAAAGAAUUACCGCUUGAACAAGUCUGCCAGCACUUCCCUUUGGUUCCUUCCAACAUGUCAUUGCAAGCUAACUUCUUUAUUUGGUCCUGGAGUAAAUCACUGAUUUUUCAUCUCUUCCCUUGAAGUAAGUGAGUGACGACCAUUUUUAGUUCUUCUGAUAACUGUUGUCUACAUUUGCGUGUGUUUUUGGUACUCUGUGAACCCCUUCUUCAUCCUUUCCAUUUGCAUUCAUCCUGAAAGAUCAUGAAGAAUGGAUGGCUGCUACCUUACCAUCCUCUCCAGGUGGUGGCCUUUGUUGUAUUUUUGGCCCUGGGAUUCAUGUUCUAUGGGUUCUUUGCUCCUUUUGUUGGGAAGAAGGUGUAUCAGUAUAUUGCUAUGGACCUCUAGACACCCCUGCAGCUGAUCCAGCAGAUUCUGGGGUUUUAAAGUCCAUAAAGUGCCUUAAAAUUCCUGAUAGCAAAAAGCUUGAUGGACUGAAGGAUUCUAAACUAGGAGAGGAGUCAACUUCACCAAUGCAUGAUGGAAUUAUGAUCAUUGGAGCAGGGGUUGCCACGAAUCUUUUUGUCAUGCUGCUUGUGUGUAUCUUUCUGUCAUCAUGGAGUCUUCAACUAGUCUUUUUCUCUGGUGAUCCAUUUGAUAGACAAUUAGGCUUGAUCAGAAAGAGAGUCUUCAUUAGUAACAUUUUCCUUCGUCUCCUUGUUGUACAUUAAACUGCUCUUGAUCGUUUCAUGGUGCUUACGGCAGUGUGGCAGUUGACAACAUAAGACAAGGAGUCUUCCCAAUAAAGUGAUGUCAAAGGAGUCCUAAAUGAUCUAGACUUUCAUUGCUACUCCUUUUUGGUAACAAUGAUUAUGAUGGCAAACCUUUUUAAACCAAAUCUACAUAUGUUCUUUUUGCGGUCUUCAUGUUCAGGGUGUAUAGGAAGCUUUCAAUAGAUGAUGUUCUUUAAAGUACUUUUUACAUGAUGUACUGUGUCUUUAAGGACCAUACUCUGUCAGAUGGUGACUUUCAUCAUGUUGUGUAUCGUCUGGGAGUUGGUUGAGCUUUGUAUUCCUUUGCAUGUUGUACAUACAUCAUUUUUUCUUGAGCUCGUAGUUGAUAUGACUCUGUAGAACUUUGAUUUCAUUGUUUCUUCAAUCUUCCUUCGUUAGAGCUUGUCUCUCAAAGGGUAAAUUUUUUUCAAGCUUAUGUAGACAUGUACUUUUCCUUAUGAAUGUUCUGAUGUACUCUUCAGCAUGCUUUGAAUAGACGAUCUUUCCUCG